AUGGCCUCGACCAUGCAGCUGCUCAAGACCGUGAACGAGAUGGCCGGAGCCCUGGAUUCGGGGGAGUGCAGGACCAUGCUGUACCUGUGUGGACGCCUCGAUCUGGACAGUAACGAAGAGGGCCUUGGAGAGUUCCUGAGGUCGGGGGUCAUUCAGGGGCAGAUGAAUGACCUGUUUCUGGUCGAACUAUUGUUUGAGAUAAAACGCUUUGACAUUCUGUGGAAGUUGUUCAGCACCAAAGCUCAUGACGUCGAGAACGCCCUGGGGAACAGGCAUGUGUUGUCCCGAUACAGGGUGCUGAUGGUGAACAUAAAUGAGAAUAUAACAAAUGGAGAUAUAAAAAACUUAAUAUUCUUAUUAAGUAGAACGGUACCAAGAGAAAAAAUUGACAAAGUUAAGUAUUUCCUGGAUGUGGUGGUUGAACUGGAGAAACUGGAUAAAUGUUCCCCUGAACACUUGGACUUCAUUGAAAAGUGUCUGAGAAAUAUUGACAGGAUUGAUCUAGCAAAAAAAGUUUGUCUGUAUAAGCAAUCAGAUGGAGCCCUUCAGAUACAGUCACUCCCUCACCCGACAGCUCCACAGCAGAGUACUGCAGCUCAUUGUCCAACUCAAACUCAUUCUUAUCCUCUCCAACAACUAAACCACACACAGACCUUACACAAUGCUCCACAAAUCUCCACAGUACCGGUGUCAACGCCAGUCAGCCAGGAGAGUGUGAUCGAGGAGUACAGUCUGAAAGCGGAGCAGAGAGGAUUCUGUCUCAUCAUCGACUGCGUUGGAGCUGACGGAGAGAGGUUGGAGCAAGCAUUCAGAGAGCUCCAUUUCCGGGUGGAGCUCCACCAGUUGCUGAGCGCCCACACCACGGAAUCCCUUCUGAGGGAGGUGUCCCUGCGGGAGGGGGCGCUGCAUUGCGCUGACGCCUUCGUCUGCUGCAUCAUCAGCCGGGGGACCUCCACCCGCCUGCUGGCCACGGACCCCGCCCAGCGAGGCGCUGGCCUGGACCUGGACCUCGUCAGACACCUGUUCUCAGGGAAUAACUGCCCCAUGCUUGCUGGCAAACCCAAGCUGUUCUUCAUCCAGAGGUACGGCGUCCAGCAGCCCUCGGUCCCGCAACCCGGGGCCUGCCCCGGCGGCGCGCCCACUCACCGGGACUCGGACCUGGAGACAGACGGGGUGGCGUGUGGCAGGGGGCCGGCGGUCCCAACGGACGCGGACGUGUUCUGGAGCCACUGCUGGACCAGCGAGUGUCAGUUGGAGCAGGGGAACCACCGUUCGGUCUACCUGGAGGCACUCACUGACGGCCUGCUCAGGGGGAGGAGGAGGAAAACCAAUCUGGUUGAUAUUCACACUGAACUGAAUGGGCUGAUCUACGAUCACAACAAGAGGAAUCCUGCAGCCAGAUACGACAUUGAUCUGAAACACACACUCAGAAGGCAUCUCUGCUUGACAUAAGUCAUGUUUCUCCAUCAUUAAUUAGAUGCCCAUGAUGGGCCAAGAUCUUAGUUAAACCUGCAUUAGAAUGCAGAGGCUGCCCUCUGGUGGUGCUUAUCGUACUCACACUUAUACUUGGAUUAUAUCCUAACAAUAAUUGUGCAUUAUUAUGGCUGGGCUUUCAUUGAUUAUUGAAUAAACGUCUAAUAGGUAAUAUAUUAAACAAGAGGUAUAGUAAGCAUAAUGAUCUUAACGCAAUAAACCACUUAUUUUGUAUGAUGUUAUUUAUUAUUCUACUAAUGCAAUAUCCUAUAUUUUAGAGGCUGCGACUAUCACUCUGAGGCUUGUCACAGUCUCUUUGUCUGUUGGCUCGUACUAAAAUAAAGCUUAUGUCAUGAUACUGCA